UCAGCAGUUAGAGAAACAGCAGUCAAAAUGGUUUCCGACUUUAGAAAAAAGAAGUAUACGCACGUUUUCUACGUCUUCUUGGAUUCUGACAAGAGUGGCAGCAUCGAACGGAAAGACUUCGCCUUGACAGCAACUAACAUCGCAAAAAAGCGAGGUUACAAAGCUGGUGAAACAGCUUAUGAACUUAUCAAGGAGAUGUUGGGGAAAAUUUGGGAAGGAUUAAUUAAAGACGCUGAUGCUAAUGGCGAUGGAGUAGUCACCGUUGACGAAUGGAUCAAGCUGUGGGACGAAUAUGCCAAGAAUCCGGCUGGCGCUAAGGAAUGGCAGAAACUUUAUGCCAAAUGUUUCUUCCAACUGGCAGAUGUGGCGAACGACGGUACAAUUGAUGCGGAAGAAUUCGGAACUGUUUGCGAAUGCUUCGGUCUAGACAAGAAUGAAUCUAUGGAGUCUUUUAAGAAACUGACCGGCGGCAAGGCCCAAAUUAAUUUUGCUGAGUAUGAAAAAUUGUUCCAGGAAUAUUUCACAAGUGAUGAUGUUAAUGCCCCUGGUAAUAACAUCUUUGGUAAGCCAAAGUGAGUUUGCUUGAUGUUUUAAAAGAUCUUGUAUAUUUAUGAUUAAAAAGUGUUUUAAGUA